GUUUUCAGUCGUCUCUAGUGGAUCAAAGUAACUCUCUGAACUCUGCAUGUUGGAUUAUUAUGAUGAAUGAUUUCAACUUUAAUAAACGUGACAUUUGAGAGGUGUAAUUUGAUUUAAAGUGGUUGUUUUUGAGGGAACCUGUCUGCGUGUGUGUAGAAAGAGGGGAUUACCUCUUUGUGCCCUCUGAACCUUUAACAUUCCUCCUGCCGGCCCUGCAGGGGAAAACGCCUGGCUCAGUGCUUUUCUUUCAUAGUAAAAUGCUUACGGGCAGGCCAGAGGGGCCGGCGGCGUUUCCAGGCGAUGCGAUGACCCGGUGGCUUUGGCUCGGGCCGACAGUGAUGACGAGAGGCUUUCUAUUGUGCCGGGAGCCUCUGCGUUUGGCCUUUGCCAGAGUAUAAAAGCCUGGGUCGAGCGUUGAAGGCACCAGCACGAGCCAGCCUCCCACACGGCACUGCAAGCUAUACUAACGCAGGUAAGGACACACACACAGACACGGGGGACAGGGGGGGACACACGCAGACCCACAAGCCCAAAUAUGAGCCUCAUAAACCCCAUAAACACUCCAACAGCCCUCUGAGCCACGUCCGGCACACCCUUCCACCUCCUGUCUGUCACUGCCAUCCAUCCACACCUUCUAUUUCUGCUCCAGACUCUCCUGAAGCCCCUCACCAUGUCUCAGACUGCCAAGUCCGCCUCCAGCCAGGGCACCGAUGCCAAGGACAAGGGCGCCCCAGCUCCAGCUGCCUCCAGCAAGGCCACCAAGACCGGAGAGCCUGGCAUGGGAUCCUACAGAAUCAUGCUGUUCGACCAGGAGAACUUCCAGGGCAGGAUGAUCGAGGUCCAGAAUGAGUGUAUGAACGUGUGUGACCGUGGCAUGGAUAGAGUGCGUAGUAUCAUUGUGGAGUGCGGCCCCUUUGUUGCCUUUGAGCAGACUAACUUCCGUGGGGAGAUGUUCAUCCUGGAGAAGGGAGAGUAUCCUCGCUGGGACACCUGGAGCAACUCCUACCGCAGCGACUGCCUCAUGUCCCUCAGGCCCAUCCGCAUGGACAGCAUGGAGCACAAGAUCUGCCUGUAUGAGCUCUCCGACUUCAAGGGCAACAAGAUGGAGAUCCAGGAGGACGAUGUGCCCACCCUCUGGGCGCACGGCUUCUGUGACAGAGUGGGCAGCGUGAGGGUCCCCGGAGGAGCGUGGGUGGGUUACCAGUACCCUGGAUACAGAGGCUACCAGUACCUGUUCGAGUGCGGUGACUACAGACACUACAACGACUUCUGCGCCUUCCAGCCCCAGAUCCAGUCCAUGCGUCGCAUCAGGGACAUGCAGUUCCACCAGAGAGGAUGCUUCAACUUCACCUCCGCCAGCAAGUGAAUGACACCCGCUGGCCGUCUGGUGCUGUCGUAGCCAUGCAGCCCUCUCAGCUUUUUAUUUCUCCAAACGCCCCCCUUUUCUCCAAUCCUUUCCUAAAUCUCCACCAUCACCGCUCCAUCCCAAAGGAAAGACAGAAUGAGAGCAAAUACACGGGACAACAACAACUGACUUUUUAUGGUGCUAAAAAAU